UGCGUGUGUGCGGGGCGGGGAGGGAUGAAGGGAGAGGGACUGUGAAAAGAUGGGGGGAGGAGGGGAAAACACUCCGGGAUUCCAUCUCCUUUCCCCAGCUCCCUGCUGUCCUGUGAAAGCCGGGGCCAGCCAGCGGCACGGGACUGCUCGCCAAGAAGGAUGUCAGCAUCCAGGAAUGGAGCGCGGGUGCGGGUGGGAGUGAGCGCCCACCCAGGAGCCUGCGAGCCCACGGCGGCGGGUGGAGGGGGCUGGCAGGCCCGCUUCCAAGCGGGUUUUCCAGGGACAGCUGGAGCUGCCGGCAGGGUCAGGAUGUGACAUCACUGACCGGAGAAAAACCCUCGGCCCCGGCUUCUCUAAGGAAACCCCCGCGGGCGCUGCAGCGAGGCGGUUCUGCCUGCCGCUGCUGCUGCCGCGGUCCCCAGUCUGCCAGCAGUCCCCACAGAGAGCCUGGCUUGGACUUUGUAUCUCUUUAAUUUUUUUUUCCUUUUCCUGAAUAAGAGCAGAAAGUGCAGCGGAGGGAUUUGAGACUGGAAGCCGCCGUGCCGGGGAUGAGCUCGCAGGGCUGGAGCUCCCGGUGUUUGGAAUUACGGCUCUGACAAUGGAAUAAUCACCCUUGGGACUGAACCAGAGCUGUUGGACACCGCUGAGGCCAUUGGACGCUUCUUUUCAGGGCUCACAGCAAGUUACUGCUAGUAGCAGUGGGAUCUCAGCUCCCGGGAAUGAGAAACCUCCAUCCCUGAAGACCCCAGCCCUGGGUUUCAUGUUGCUCUGAGCCUCUGCCCUCACCCUGGCUGGCCCUGCCCGCGAUGGCCCUGUGUCUCAAGCAAGUCUUCAACAAAGACAAAACGUUCCGUCCCCGAAAGAAGUUUGAGCCGGGCACGCAGCGCUUUGAGCUGUACAAGAAAGCCCAGGCCUCCCUCAAGUCCGGGCUGGACCUGAAGGCAGUGGUGCAGCUGCCUCCUGGCGAGAGCAUCAACGACUGGAUCGCCGUGCACGUGGUGGACUUCUUCAACCGCAUCAACCUCAUCUACGGCACCAUGUCGGAGUACUGCACCGAGAGGAGCUGCCCCAUCAUGUCCGGGGGGCUCAAGUACGAGUACAGGUGGCAGGAUGACAGCAAGUACAAGAAGCCCACCAAGCUGUCGGCCCCACAGUACAUGUGCAUGCUGAUGGACUGGAUCGAGAUGCUCAUUAACAACGAGGACGUCUUCCCCACCAGGAUAGGUGUUCCCUUCCCCAAGCAGUUCCAGCAAGUUUGCACCAAGAUCCUCACCCGCCUCUUCCGUGUCUUUGUCCAUGUCUACAUCCACCACUUUGACAGCAUCAUCAACAUGGGUGCUGAGGCUCACGUCAACACCUGCUACAAGCACUUUUACUAUUUCAUCAGGGAGUUCAGCCUCAUUGACCACAGGGAGCUGGAGCCUUUGAAAGAAAUGACAGAACGAAUUUGCCACUGAAGAUUUCUGGCAGACAAACUCAGCUGGCUCACUCAGAGGUGGGACAAGACACCCUGUGGUGGGAGACCUCUCCCCUAGGACUUGCUCUGGGCAUUCUAACUCACUGACCUACGAACACUGCAGAAGUGCUCUUCAGGCCAUGAGUGAAUUCUAAGUUUUCCAAGAACCUAUGAGCAGAUAUUUCUUCCUUUAAUGCAUCCCAAUCUCUGUUGUAUGUUUCCUGUUGCAGAAAGCCACUGACGUACUGGAGAAUGAGGAAAGUCUGGUUUACUUUUGCACACUCUGAUUUCUAAGACUCAAUCUGACAUCUUGUUUUGUCCUCAGCUAUAUUGAUCUCCAAAUAUUUCAUUAUGGAUUCCUGCCCUGUGAGCAGGUGUGUCCUUGGCUACCAGGUGUUACCUUUUCCACAGGCAGUGGAAACACCUGAGAUCAGCCCUGCAAAGCUGGUGGCAUUUCAUCCCACUGCCUUCACAGGGUUAGUUGUUGAUUGCUGGUUUUAAUCAUGAGCUGUGACUGUCUCCUUCUGCCCUAAUUCAUGCUUUACCAAAGGGACCAUUUUUCCCUUCAAGGGAUUUUUCACAUUUGGAAGAGGGGACUUGAUGAUGUUCUAAGAUGCAUCCGAUACUGCUUGGACUAAUUGCAAGUAGCCCCAUGACCAAGGAGCUGAACUAGGUCACUGUUCAGUGUGAUCAGCACACACUACCUGAGAAAGUCUCAAAAACUGGUGAAAAGAAACUCUUGCCAGAAAAAAAACAUUUUCAACACAUCAGCAUUUCCUGAGGUGUUGUCUUGGCUCAAGAUGGACUAAUCAAAUGGUUUGAUUCUACAAAUGGUUGUAGAAACUGUUGGUUUUCCAUAACCCAACCUUACAGAAGGUGAAGAAGGACUCAUAAGAGACAUCUCCUCUACUCUGUCCUUGAGGUUCCCUUCCAACCCAAUAAUCUGUGAUUCUUAAAUCUUUUUGACCAUCUGCAAGCAUACUAUUGCUUCCUGGUCUGUGCCAUUACUCCCCUGAAAGGUAUCAUGUCUCAACAUUUCCUCCCCUUCUGCUUGCAGUGUCUGAUAAUUAGUGUUGUGUUCCCUGUGCCAUUUUAAUUUUGACAAAAAUAUUUCUAUUUUUCCUUUUUUGUUGUUUUGGGGGAGUGAAAAUCAAUUUGUCUGAGCCACAGAAUUGUUAUGUUUGUGUUUCCUCUUCUUUUUCUGGGAAAGUUUUCUAUAUCUGACACAGAUAAUAUUUAUAGUCUGGGGUUUGCCCACUUUUGGGGUAGGGAGGGGAUGUGGCUAGAAAAUGUAAAUGUUUAGGCCAACAUUAAAGUGCACAAGUGAAUUUUUAGUGCUCAAAGCACUUAUUUUGUUGUGAAAAUAUUUUUUUAAAUCUUGUGUACCAGAUGUAUAUUUUUACAUGGUAAUAAAACAGAGCAAAAUGGACACAAAACCACCUGAUGCAUCAUUCCAACAUUCUCUGUGUAAAAUAAUCAAAGUCCAAACAUAUUUGUUCUGUUACUAAUUAAAGAAACAUUAAUAA